UUAAACACGACUUGUGUGUGAACACGCUGCUCCCAUAUCCAACCACUGAACACACGCGCGCGCACAAAGCAUGGGCGGCGAGCAGGAGAGCGGCGUGUCGGAGUACGAGCGCCUACGCCAGGAGAACAUCCGGCGCAACUUGGAGAAGCUGCAGGCCCUCGACCUGCUCUCGUCGCCCUCGCUCACGACAGGCUCCGCCAGUGCUUCCACCACAACGACAGCAAGCACAACAGGGUCCUCGUCGUCGUCGCAGCAGAAAGAAGCGGGUAAGAAGCCGCCAGCCCCACAGCUACCACGACGCCGCUCCCAGCGACUGGCACAGCUCAAGCACCGGCCCAGCCUCAAGGAGCCAUCUGUUCCUCGGGCGCCGACGUCGUCCAAGCGCCGCCACGAGCAGGCAGACAACAGCGCCGAGGAUGCAGAUGCACAGGCCAAGUUCUGGUCAAAGCGGCCGCCCCACUACACAUCCGACGACGCCAGCGCCACUGCCAAGACUGAGCAGCAAGCACGGAGUGCAGCACACAGCGCCAUCGCCAACGCCAAGUAUGGGCGGGUGUCCUGUAAGCAGUUACGCGCCAACGUGGAGCGCAUGGUCUUGCAGCAUCUCGGUCGCUCCAUUCCACGCAUCGGCGGACAGGUGAAGCGGGCUGUAAUGGAGCUUGCCGCUGCUCCGCACAGCGUCACCUUCAACCGCAUGAGCGGCAUCCAGGAAUGGGCAAACGCCGUCUUCCUCUUUGUCAACAUCAACCCCUCAGGGUACGACAACGUGUUUCUCGACGGCGGCCGGAUGCUUACGUGGUUCGCACAACCAACCCAGAAGCCAACGACGCCCGUGAUUGUGAAGCUGCUGCAGUAUGGCCAGAUGCCCAUUCUCCCGCCCAAUGGUCCCGUUUUCGCUACUGAGAAGCAAGGCAACACAGCAACUCAAGCGACAGUCACAACGAAUGCUGAGGUACUCAGCUCACUGCCACACAACAGCCACGAUUGCGCCAGCAGCACAGCAGAUGCUGAUUACGACACUGCCUACGAACACACAUACGACGACGGGAACGACCACCACCGCCAGAUUGAUUACCGGCAUUAUGAAGUAGAUGGUGAUGUUGUUCGGAGUUUGGUUGACGAGUGUGUGCUGCUGUUCUGCCGGCUGCCUGGCCAGGACUACGUGUGCCUUGGACGCCUUCGAUGCGAGAAGACAGAUCUGGAUGCCCGGCCAAUGCGUUUCCUUUGGCGCUUAAUCGACCAUGGUCACCUUCUCAGGUCCCCUUCCUUUCUUCAGAUGCUUCCAGCACCGUGACGCUCGUGCGUGUGUCUGUCUGUCUGUCUGUCUGUCUGUC